UUUGCCGGCUCCCCUUACCUUCCACCAGCCCCCUGUAACCUCCAGGUAUACAGAUGCCCCUUUUCUAGGCAUCGCGGCAGACACAAAGGAACUCGCUUCACUUUUUUCUCCUCCUCUUUUUUUUUUAUUUAUUUUUUAUGUGACCGCCUUCAUCAUUCAGCACGCCGUCCGACACUGGCCACUGAAGGCAAUGCAUCGCUCUCUGCUUGGAUAUUCGGCCGUGUGUAUUUCACCGAGAGCGACCGGAACGGGCUUAAAUGUACUAUAGAUAAGUUUCUAACCAGAUUGAAAUGGUCGUUGUGUCAACGGAGGGGAGUCUGAGCUGCCUGUUCUCCUAAUGGACCGCUGAAUUGGUUAACGUUAAAUGACACAGCGAUGAAUGUUGUUAUCUCUCUCCCGUAGUAGAAGAUAUAUAGCCUACUAUAGCUUAUCUGGAGCCGCAGCUGCCUGCCUGUCCGUCGCUUUUAUGCAUAGCCUUUGCAGGGUCAAGAUGCAGUUUCGGACUGUGCUGGACGUAAAAGUCGUGGACGUGGAGAAGAGGCGCAAUCCAUCUAAACACUACGUAUAUCUCAUCAAUGUCACCUACUCUGACAACACCUCCCACAUCAUCUACAGGAGAUACAGCAAAUUCUUUGACCUACAGAUGCAGAUACUUGACAAGUUCCCAAUUGAGGGAGGGCAGAAAGACCCAAAGAAGAGGAUCAUCCCAUUUCUCCCAGGCAAAAUCCUGUUCCGGAGGAGUCAUGUGCGAGACGUGGCCAUGAAGCGGCUGCGUUUCAUCGACGACUACUGCAGGGCGCUGGUGCGACUCCCCCCUCAGAUCUCUCAGAGUGAGGAAGUGCUGCGCUUCUUUGAGACAAAAGCCGAGGACGCCAACCCCCCAGUGGAGGACUAUGGCUCCAAGCGCAAGUCGGUAUGGAUGUACGGCUUUACAGACAGCCCGAGGAAAGAGGCCUCAGGGAUUGACAGCUCGGAGCCCAUGGUGCUGGAGCAGUACGUGGCUGUGGCCAACUACGAGAGGCAGGAGAACUCGGAGAUCAGCCUCAAGGCCGGCGAGACGGUGGACGUGAUUGAGAAGAGUGAAAGUGGUUGGUGGUUCGUCAGCACAGCAGAGGAGCAGGGCUGGGUGCCCGCCACAUACCUGGACUCCCAGAAUGUAACCAGAGACGAUUUGGAUCUGGGCACUUCCAGGACUGGAGAAGUUACUAAGAGACGCAAGGCACAUCUGAAGAGGCUGGACCGCCGCUGGACCCUCGGGGGUAUAGUCAACCGCCAGCAGAGCCGAGAGGAGAAAUACAUGACCAUACAGCCGCACACCAGUCAGGGGAAGGAUGAAGUCAGCUUUGAGAAAGGCGUCACCGUGGAGGUGAUCCAGAAGAACUUGGAGGGCUGGUGGUACAUCAGAUACUUAGGGAAAGAGGGAUGGGCCCCUGCCUCCUACUUGAAAAAGGUGAAAGAGGACUUCUCCCCCCGCAAGAAGACCCUGACAGGCCCCGUGGAGAUCAUCGGCAACAUCAUGGAGAUCAGCAACCUGUUACAAAAGAAAUCGGUCAGUGAGAAGGACAUCCAGACAGACGGAGAGGGUAGCACCACACCCGAGCGCCACAUCUCCAAGAGCGAGAUCAGCCUGCCCAUGCCGUAUAACUCUGAAAUCAACGCUGAGACGGGCAGGAGGCUGAGUGCCGGCCGUGACACCAACAGCCCAUGUCUGGGAAUAGCAGCGAGUGCUGCCCUAAAUGAAAAUAAAGGGAGGGGCGAGCCAGGGUCCCCAGCUGUUGCCAGAGUGGCACCUCAUAGAGUGGAAAUUGGGUCUCCAAAUCUGAGACAAAAACCUCCCCCACGAAGAGAACCCAACUUGGGAUUCCAGUUACCCAAGCCACCAGAGCCCCCUGCUGUGGAAGCAGAGUAUUACACUAUAGCAGAUUUCCAGUCCUCAAUCUCGGAUGGCAUCAGUUUCCGUGGAGGACAAAAAGCUGAUGUGAUAGAGAAGAACCCUGGAGGCUGGUGGUAUGUGCAGAUUGGAGAGAUGGAGGGCUGGGCCCCCUGCUCCUACAUCGACAAGCGUAAGAAGCCCAACCUCAGCCGUCGGACCAGCACCCUGACCCGGCCCAAAGUCCCACCACCAGCUCCGCCUGUCAAAAAACAAGAGUCUGAGGAGGCUCCCCCUCCUGCUAACUGUGCCUCUACAGUUUCAGAGCCAGCGAGCAGGCCUGUGUACGAGGAACCUGAAUAUGAUGUUCCUGCAAUCGGAUGUGAAGGUGAAUCAGACACAGAUUCCCUAAAGGAUGAGCGUGCCCUGGAUGUGAAGAUCAGCAACGUGGUCAGCGACAAGUACCACCGCUCCCCUCCUUCCUGCAAGGCCUCUCCUCCUGUCUGCAAGGCCUCUCCUCCUGUCUGCAAGGCCUCUCCUCCUGUCUGCAAGGCCUCUCCUCCUGUCUGCAAGGCCUCUCCUCCUGUCUGCAAGGCCUCUCCUCCUGUCUGCAAGGCGUCCCCUGUGUUCACUCAUCGAAGAACUUCCUUCAGGUCUGUAGAGGAGGUUGCAAAAGAGGAGUGUAUUUAUGAGAAUGACGGCUUCAGGCCAAGCAGUGGUGUUGAACGAACUUCAGUCAAAGGUUCCAGUGAGCCAAAUUCCCCAAGGAGCUACCGUUCCUCCACAGUCCCACGCAAGCCCUCAGGAUCUUCACCUGUAGCUGGUAGACCCAUGAAGACCAUGACGCCAGAGAUGAACCGGAGAAGCCAGACCCUGGGCAGACACAUAGAUAUCAGCCUCAGGUCGCAGGACAACAGCCCCCACUCUUCGUCAGAUGAAUUGAGCAGAGGCCCCAAGAAAGGCCCCGUCUUAAGCCGGGAUGUGGAGCAGAGAAUAGGUCAGAGCCCCUCGACCAGGCCCAAGCCUUCUGUCAGACCUAAACCACUCCUGACCAAAUCAGAACCCCAGAGUCCUGAGAGGAUGGACAUCAGCUCUUUGAGACGGCAGCUGAGGCCUACAAGUCAGUUCCGGCCUCAUGGCCUCAAACCUACUCGUGGGGACGACUCUGAAACAGCCUCCGUCAUCUCAUCAGAGGACUCGAUGUGUUCGCGCAGUACCUCAGAUCUCUCUUCGGUUUACUCCAAAGGGAGCCGUGGUGACUCAGAUGUGGAAGGCCCCAAUCUCUACCGCUCCCUGGAUGCCUACAAGAAGGUCCAGGACUCUGAGAUCAGCUUUCCAGCCAGGGUGGAGGUUGAGGUUCUGGAGAAGCUGGAGAGCGGUUGGUGGUACAUCCGAUGGGGAUCCGAGGAGGGCUGGGCUCCCUCGUACUACCUGGAACCUGUCAGACAAGUUGGCGAUGCAGGUGGGUUGGACCUAGAUGGACACGGGAGUGGACACGGGAGUGGACACGGGAGUGGGGGGAGUAAGUCCAACAGCCUGGAGAAAAACGAGCAGCACGUUUUGGCCCUCAAUAACAUCAACAUCCAAGGUCUGAGCCAACAGCAUCAAGGCUUGAGAAGGAACACUCCGCCAAUUCCUUCCAAGCCUCCGGGUGGCUUCUCGAAGCCGUCAGGGAUGGUUAAUGGAGGUGUUCGGAUGAGGAACGGGGUUCGCCAGGUGGCAGUGAGACCUCAGUCUGUGUUUGUGACCACAACACAGCCAGCCAAGGAUUCCCACUACAUGACGGGGUCUCUGAGACGAAACGACUCUCUCGGCAGAAGUGAUCACUAUGGCUCUGGUUCUGCCACCCUUGGCGUCCGCCGAAAUGCCUCCUUCAGCACCGUGCGGCCACAUGUGGUUGUUGAAAGUCAGACGAGGCCUGCCGAGCGCUCCGGCCUGGGGUCCUCAGGGAGCGCAUUCAGCACAAGCCAGGACGCCCUUAGCAGAGUUAACCAACGCAACGGCAUCCCUGUGUCCACAGUUCGACCCAAGCCCAUAGAGAAGAGCCAACUGAUCCACAAUAACCUUGGCAGGGAUGUGUACGUGUCCAUCGCUGACUAUCGUGGUGAUGAGGAAACAAUGGGUUUUACUGAGGGCACCUGUCUGGAAGUGUUGGAAAGAAACCCCAAUGGUUGGUGGUACUGCCAGGUGCAGGACAGCCUGCUUCCCCGCAAGGGCUGGGUCCCCUCCAACUACCUAGAGCGGAAAAAAUAAAACCAACCCCACAUUCUUCCCCUACCCUUCCCCCACACCUCCCCGUUUUGAUGUCUCCAAGGACGUCGGUGGCAUCACUCUUUAAGAAUGUUACCUGCAAUCUCCCGUAAGCAAUAUGUCCUUAAAAAAUUUACAUUUAUGACUGCGUGUUAAAAGAAAGAUGUUUAAUCUGAUGAGGAAGGACACUUUUAGUGCUGGUUUACUAAAAUGUAUACAAAGAGGAGUGUAAAGAUUUUAAAUAUUUGAGAGACCGAAAUGUGGGAUUGGUCAUUCUUGGGUGGAGGACAUUUAAAGCGGACAUUGUCUUUGAGAUAACAUGGUAUGAAUGGGAGUGAUAACCUCUUAAAGAGGUUUGCGUCAUGUAAUACAGACGUUGAGCAGGGUAAUGGUUAUGCUUAUUCCUGCCCUUCGCUGAGUCCGAUGGUCGAUAAGUGCCUUUUGUAUUUGAUCACCUGAAUGAAGGUCCUAAAUGGUGGAUGGCAAAACAUGAACUCAACCAAAUCUUUUAAGAGUGCCAUAGGCCUAUGAACACCACCAAGAGUAAUUCCAUACCCAGUUAAGAGCUCCACUAUAGAGUGCAAACAAAGUGCAAAGUUUCGAUCUAGAGUUCUUUAAUUGGUCCAACGCGAUUGGACAGAGAUUUAAGUGACUCAGUCACCAGAGAAUUGAUUUAUUUCAAGCCGCAAACUAAAACAACUUUUUAAUCUCGUUUUUGUUUUGUUUUUUCAUUGUUCAUGUUAUAAUGCCUUGUCUUGGUGCAAGUCUUCCUUAGAGAAUUAUUUCUGCUUUCUUGUGACAUCUGUUUAUCCACCGACAGCCUCGAAUUGGAAAAGUUAAAACUCCUGCCUCAUGUCAUGUACCAGCUGACACUGGUAAAAUAUACAGGAUUCGGGUGCUCAGGUUUCAUAAAUUGGCUUAGUUUUGUCAUAGAUCAUCAAGCCCCAGAACAAUAUGUUAAUAUUCAUGCUUUUAAUCCCAGAUGUAACUAUCUGGGAUAUCAAAUGUUAUAAAAGAAAACCUGUGAAACUUGAAAAUAACAGUUACAUGUUUUAGUUUUCUAGAAAAUCAAAGGAACAACUUGUAACUUGUAACAAAACCACCUCAUAUCUUGGUAGUUAACAACCUCAAAAUAGGAAGACAAUUAGUUUACAAAGGUUUAGGUUUACUGUAGUGAGUAGUUCCAGGAAUAUUUGAUUUGUAUAUAUUUUGUUUUGUAUACAUAUAAUAUUGCCGCUGUUGUGGAGAUGUAUUGAAUACGUACUGGAAAUGCGGUGAAAUAAUUGAAUCCCAGGGACAUAUUUGCAUAGCAUUUAUCCCAAAAUGUGAUCAAACCAAAGAGAAAUGUCAUUUCAUUGGCUAUUUUUUGUGAUUUUACUAUUUAUUUAUGGUACAAGUAAUACAGUUUAUUCAACAAAAUGCCUAAAACGAGAAAAAAAACUGUACCUGGAAGCACACAUUUUCUCAAAAUAUAAAUCUAUGAAACUAGAAACAAACAAGUAAGUAAGCCCUAAGAUAUUGCGGUGCAGUAUGGGUUUUGACAUUAAAUAGAAGACGUUGUGUAUCAAUUUGUUUCAAAGUUUAGAGAUUUUUUUCACAUCUUCCAAAUUACAGUUUUAUAUAAUAUAUUAUAAGAUCAUGAAAAUAAGACCUACCAAUCACUUAAAAAUACCAAGUCAGGAAUAAUUCUCCCCAAAUGCAGGAAUAAAAUAUGAGAAUUUCUGAGCUAAAAUCCAACUUUCAAAAUUCAAAUGGCUGAUGUUCAAGACUGCUGAAAUACAUUUUCUAAUGAGCGGUGUGAGCUCUCUAUAUGAGGCUGAACACUAAGUCUUUAUUAUGUUUCUGCUGGACAGUAUCACAGUAUUAAACAAAGUACAGUACCUGCUAGAUCGCAGUUAUCUAUUUUAGCGAAAACCAUAUUUGUUUUUUGUUUGUCAAUUUGUUACUCUGUGAUCACACAGCGGCAAUAACGAGGAACGAAGUGGUUCUGUUUUGUGAAUUAGUGCCCUUUAAACUUGUUUUUUUACGGUGCAUUAAUGUAAAGAUGCAGUAAAUACUCAGCAUAUUAUUUAUUGAAUACGUUUUGGUAAUUAUUUAAUUUUGCUCUUUUUUUUCUCCCCCCCCUCACCUCAAAUGAGAGGUGGAACUCUGUAAUGAGUUCUCUAUAUAACAGUGGCCAUGCCAAAGUUGGACUAGAAUUGGAGAAAUAGAGAACUCUUGUGGGAGGUCAAAGGUACUGCAACAUGAUUUUUAUCCCAUCCACAAGGCUUACCAGCCAUCCUACCUCAGUGCAAUAAGAAAUGCACUGCUGGUCAGUGACUCUCACUAAAAAAACUGUACAGCAUUUUUCUUUUUUUUCUUUGAAAGCUCAGUGCAGCUAAAAUCUUUUUGUAGCACAUGUCUUGUAUUGGACCAUAAUUUAUUUUUUUGAAAAAUUUAAAAGUUUCCUUUUUCCCCCUCUAUGCUGUGUGCUGCAACUUUAGCAAAUCAUGGGCACUUCCUUCAUCUUUAUUGUGCGUUACAUAAUGCCUGAUUUUAUGUGUAUUUAUUAUAAAUAGUUGUAUUUCUUAUUACGGUUUGACAAUCACCUUAUUCCCCCACUCAAAAUAUUAAUGUAAGGCAUUGUACAGAUUAUCCUUGUCACACAAAUUGGACUUCACUCACAAAUGCUCACCCAGCAGUCAACAAAAAAAAAAUCUAAAAUUUCAUAAUUUAGUUAAAUAUGUGAGGAAUUUCCAUUCAUUAUGGUAUAUGAAAAUUAAAAAGCUAACCAUAUAAGUACCUACAAAUAAUACGAUUUUGAUACUUGCUGUCCGGCAACAAGGCCCCUUCCCAUCGAGACGAAGGCAUUAUGUAAAUGUGUUUAAUCACUUUGUACAUUUCGCUCCAGCACAUAUUAUAAUUGCAUAUUGCUUGUUUUGAUUUGGGCUGAAUUUACUUGGCUGAAAUAGCAAGGGAAUCGUUCUGUAUCAAGCAUACUUUUAGCUGUGUAGCAUCUAUCUUUAUUCAUGCUUUUACCUUCUUUCUUUUUCUUAUUUCCUCUUUUUGUCAAAUUCUGAAAUGUACCCGCGAGGAAAUGUGCAAUAGAUAAGAAAACGUCAGGCUUCAACGAGAGGAAAAAUAUCACAGGUCUAGGAAAAAAAACCGUGAACCAUGCCACUACAUCUGUUGGGAGUAGAUAUUCCCAGUCAAACUGCCAGUCAUGAGCUUUUUUGCCAUCCUUUCAAGUGUAUCAUUUUAAGUCGAUCUUAAAGAGCAGAUGUGAAAUGCUCUAAUAAAAGCAUUGGAGAACUCACUGGACCAAAGCAGUCGUAUGUGACAUCUCAUUAUCUCCUGACGUGAUGGACUUUUAUACCAACGAGCAUGAGAAUCUCUGCUCCUCCUGCUGUGGACAGGGAUCUGUGAACGGCAUGGCAGAAACCCACUGGCCCAUUCUGUACUGACAUUACAGCCAUCUGUCUGGGGUCUUCACAGAUGGAGAGUCAUGGGCCCGUCAUCAGGGGCCUCAGUGGCCCUGCUCUGAGCUGUCACGUUUGUGCCUGAAUGGAAUUUUGAUAGUUUCUUGUUUCUGUGUUGUUGUUGUUGUUGUUGUUGUUAUCCUCUUAUUCUGUUUUGUUUUUCUGGAAUGUGUCCUCUCUGCACCUACGCCGAGGCCUCUAUUGAUAUUUACCCCCUCCAUUGUCAAACCAAGUCAGACUUCUCCUCACAAAUCACCGCGGCAAAAGGUGACAUUUGGAACCGUCGGCGGCGCCAAAAAUAGAAGAACUUUUUUUUUUUUUUUUUUUUUUUUUUUUUUCUUUGCUUAACCCCAGGCAGGCCUUAUCCAUGUGCUACAGGUGAAUAUGUCAUUGUGCUAAAGACUUCCUGAGUGUACA